GGCAACGGCAGAGCAGCGUCCAAGUUUGGUUUUGAAUCCUGACCUCGACAGAAGCGCAGCGCAGAUUCCCUCUUCCCAGCAACCAGCAAAUCCCGGACAGAAACGAUGGCCCCCUCAGCUCCCCACCCGAGAAUCGUCAAGAAGAAGACCACGAAGUUCAAGAGAUGGCAGUCUGACAAUGUCAUUGGAGUUUCCGAGUCGUGGCGGAAACCCAAGGGUAUUGACUCGCGUAUCCGACGUCGCUUCAAGGGUACCUCAGCCAUGCCCAAGAUCGGUUACGGAUCCAACAAGAAGACCCGCCACAUGAUGCCCUCCGGCCACAAGGCGUUCCUCGUCCGCAACGUUGCCGACGUCGAGGUCCUGCUCAUGCACUCGCUCACCUACGCUGCCGAGAUUGCCCACAACGUUUCGUCGCGCAAGCGCAUUGCUAUUCUCGAGAAGGCCAAGGCUCUCGGUGUCAAGGUCACCAACCCCACCGCUAAGCUGAGACUUGAGGGUUAAAGAAAGAGAAGAUGAGGAAGGAGAAAAAAAAGGAGACUGGGAAUAUGCUACGAUGUAUGCAUGGAAUGUAUAUAUAAGAAUAGUAACAUGGUUUUAUUUACCCUUUUUUCUCUCCGUCUCUUGCUCUCUUUUGAACUUGUUUUUCAGUUUAUCGGCUUUUUAUUUUGUGGGAACAAUGGUGUUUAUCAAAACGAAAAAUGGUGCUUGUAAUAUGAGAAAAGUGAAGAAAGUGCAAGAAGUGCAAGACAAUGGAAUGCAUAUCAUAUUUAGAUAAAAGGCCGUGUACUAAUACAUUGAUGCAACAGUAUUUAUGUAAAUGAUAGUAG